AUGGAAAAUACAGGAAGCACCCAGCUUGUGGAGCUUGUCCACACUCCGAGUGGUUCUAAAUUUAGAGUAUGGCUGACAGAGUACGAGAUAAAUAGGGCAAAAACAGAUCAGGCAUUUCUCGAUGAGCUUACACAAAAAUACUAUGGACUGUGCUAUGGAUUCCACAAGAAAAAUCUUGUCACGUCCAUCGAUUCGUUUGAAGUUGGAGAAUCAAAUGCGCAUCCAGAAACAGCAAAGCUUUGGACAUUUGAUACUACAAAUUUUCUAAUAUCAUUGGUGAAUAUGGUGAAGAAAUACGAUGACGAAUUCCAAAACAAAGUUAAAAGAAAUGUAUGGCAGAAAAUAGUAACCAUUGUUUCUGAUCAGACUAAAUUAAAUGUGAGUGCACAGCAGUGUGACACAAAGUGGAAAGGGCUGAAAGAUAUGUACAAAAAUAUCAAACAGCAUAAUGAAAAGUCUGGAAAUGAUGCAAAAAAAUGGAUAUUUUUCAAUAAGAUGGAUGAGUUCAUGUACAAGAAACCUGAGAUAGUUCCCCCUGUAACGUGUAGCAGUUCAAGAGGGCUCAAAAUUAACAACAGUGCAACAGCCACUACUUCAACAGAUGUAGAUUGUGAAGAAAAUACUACUGACUGUAAUGACAUAGAGAAUGACACCCCCAAAAGAACUGGCAACUUGGGCAGAAAAAGAGCAAGAUAUGAAAAUACUCUCGAUAAGCGCCCUAAGGACAAAAUGCAACGCCAAGAUCGAUUUCUUGAUUUGUUCGAAGAUUUGGUGAAUACCAUGAAAAAUAAGUGA